AUGGAGUUCCUAGAGCACAUAUUCUCGUCUCAUCCCAACCCCGUAGGGGACACCAAAGCGGCCCCCAUGUGGGCCUGUGAGUCCCCACUAGGGCAGUCAAAGAAACUCCGAAAUGGUUACGGAGGUCUGCGACGGGUGCCUCCUCUGGCAGAGCUGUUGGACUCCUACCAUCAUCAGUACGACUCCCACGGUGUGACCGACCAUUACACAGAUUCACUGGCCAAUUUUUGUACCCACAUUACCGAGACGGAUCACGCCUUCCGGCAGGUGAAACUCACGGCAGCGGGCAUGGGUCGCGAUCAGGACGGUUUCUCGACCGCAGACUCCGGUUUUCUGGGAGACUAUGAGAGUCCGGAGGCCGACCAAAAGAAUACGGGCGCUAUACCCCCCUUUGAGUUGGUAGAAAACCCUCUGGAUGGAUCGCAGAUUGGUCAGGAGGAGGAGAGAGUCGAAAAGCUGGCUGCACCCCAAGUGGGAACUAGUUGUAUGGAUGAACUCCUCAAUGAAGAUCCGAUGCCAUGCUGGGUGAGUUCUGAAAGUUCACUUUUUUGGUUUAACUAUGACCGUUUGGUAAAACUUCGCUGGUAAGACUUGUGAAAAAGUAGAUGAUGUUGGGUCUUAUGGGGAAAGCUAAGAGACGCAGUCCUCAGAUGUGUGUACGGGUGUUUUACAGUAAGUGACCAAUCUCAUGAAAUGUUGGCUGAAAUGCGUUUCCGAUUAGGAAGGAUUAUUUGGUCGCCGUUGUAAUACUGAUUAUCUAGGGACAUAAUCUUAUAAUAUUUCGGACUCGGCAGGAUGUCGGCUUUUAAAUGCACUUCAUUUCAAUCUUCUACAGAAAACCUACUCGGUAAAUAAUGACUACUUAAGUAGCCUGCAUUUUUCCCCACUGAUUUUCGAUGGACUUGCAAAUUCAAAUAUGUCUUAUAGAGAAAAUAAACAAAAAUAUGCUUUCUAUUGUCCAUUAAUAGAGAAUCACGUCUUCUUUAUAUUUUAUAUUCAAGGAAGGAGUAUAAUUAAGUUUUAAAAAGUUUUCUAGUUGCCGAAUAAUUUGGAGCCUGAGCACUCGUUGCAUUAGCGCUUAGUGAUUUCAGUAUACAAGGUGCAUGCGUUCCGCGUAAAGAAACUAACAUAUUUUUCUAUGCCGUUAAAGAAAUAUCAUACAAAGUCCACAAAAUUUUGCAGUGGAUGCGGACCAUCUUGUACAUUUCAUGAGGAACAGUGGUAAACGGCCAGGUACGAUGCUAUGUGACUGGACAUUGCGCGGUCUUAAAAAGUUUCAUAAGUAGAAAACUUUUUUAAAAACUAAUUAUACUCCUUCCUUGAGUAUAAAAUAUAAAGAAGACGUGAUUGUCUAUUAAUUGACUUUAGAGAGUGUAUUGUUGUUUAUGGUUUUUAUAAGAUAUAUUUUAAUUUGCAAAGCCCUCGAAAAUCAGUGGGAAAAAUGCAUGCUACUUUAGUAAUCAUUUUUUACCAAGUACAGUUUCUACAGGAGAUUGAAAGGAAGUGCAUUUAAAAGGCGACCUUGCACUCAGGAGUCCUUUUUCUGGCCUGACGAGACGCCGGUGAUUUGGACUGAAAAUGAUCAGAAAUUAGAAUUCGAUCAACUUAUCUGCACGCGGCCAUACUUCUGAUGGUUCAAGCACCAAAUACUUUCCCUAGAAUUGUACUACUAUGGUCCGUUGGCUCUUCAAACCUGUCGUGGGAGCGCACAGGCGUCUAAGUGGACCGAUGCGCUCGGUACGUACACUGAAGAUGUCAGCGCUCGUCCUCCACAAUUUUAGCAAACUUCCUUCUUAACAGAUACGUCCAUGCUAAAACUAAUUCACGCUAGGGGUUUUGGGUGUAUCUAGUUUCCUGAGUCUUGAAGGUUUCAGAAGCGGCUGCCUUCAUACACGCUCACAGCAUCCCGUUUCACGAAAACGUUUUAACAUAAAAGUAGGCCGCAUAAAAUGAUCGCGAUAUCUGUUUAUACAAAGUUUUCAGUCGUUGGAACCUUGUGCAUUUGAAGAGCAUGGCAGGUCUUGGACACCGAGGUCCGUUAACUCCGAGAAAAUAGUUGAAAAUUCCGCCUGAGUCUAUAAGUCUUCAAUAAACUGAUUUGACCCAAGUAAGUGACUAGUUUGUAGAGAAAUUAAAAAGGCCGGAAUUUAAAAACUGGAGUAUCACCCAGAAAAUCCUACGGGGGACGCUAGGGGACCGUGCAUGAGCUGAACCGCUCGCGCCUGUCAUUCAGCGGUGGCAUAAUAUCAGCAAAACACGCGUGUCUUAGCUUUUAGUUGGUACGCAUGCUGUCAAGUGUGGCAUGUUGUCCUACCUAUGCAAAAUUCUUUCAGUUGCAUAAUUGUGCACUUACUCUGAAAUAAUUGCCUAAAAACAACUAAUGUCUAUGGCUGAUCGCUUUUAGCAGACAGCCAGCCAACAGUCCUGCUUUCUUUCCGGGAGAAUUUCCAGACCUUUGAGUAUAAUCUGAACUUCAGACAGCAGUAGCUUCUGCCGUUGAGAUAACGGAAUCGCUCCUUCGACUUCCUUUGUCAGGACGGAUACUAGCGCCAUCUAGAUUCUGCUUAUUCCUUAUGAAGGAGAGACACUCAAAGUAUGCUCAUGGCCAAGAGACGUCAUAAGAGCUCGUUGUGCCAGCAUAACGUGAGCUCUGUGUCGGCAUGUGGCUUAGCUUGCAAAGCAGCUGCCUUUUUAUCCAUUCCUUUCUAGAGCACGGCAGUUCUCCCACUGGACUAA